AACCCCCAUUGGUCCUCUCUCCGCCUGCCGGCGUCUCUGCACCCAAUCGGCGUUGAGCUUCUUGAUCCGCUCCGGCAACCGACGUACACAAGGGGCUUGGGCGCCGGUGGAGGGAGCGGGAGGUCAGGCCAUGAACUUGGGAGAUGGUUUAAAGCUUGAAACCGAAUUACUGGAUGGAAAAACCAAGCUAAUAUUGUCUCCAUAUGAACGUCAGUCAAACAUUUCUGUAAAGAUGGGAAAUAAAACUAAGAUUGGAAAAUGUCUUUUAAGAACAAAACAAACUGGAUGCAUUCUAAAGUCAACACAAAAUACUUGUAUCAGUAGUGAAAAACUUUUGGAAAAGAAGAGAAUUGGUUCUGAAGCAUCACUGGCAAAAGGUGAAAAAAAUAGUAUGGCUAAAGAUUUAUGCAAGCAGUAUGCUGAUAAAGACUGUCUUCAUAUCCGGAAAGAGAGUUCACCUAUAACCCCUAACAUACAGAAGACUAGAAACACCUUAAAUACACCUGUAAUAGCUAAACAGAAGCCUUGCAAAAAUCACAUCACAGGUGAAAAUAUGAAGAGUAAUUUGGUGUGUCUAACACAAGACCAACUUCAACAGAUUUUGAUGAAUGUAAACCAUGGAAAUAGAUCCAUGUUCCUGACUGAGAAUGGAAAGGAGGAGGAAACAAGUCAGUACAGUCUACAUUUAAACAGUAUUCCUAAUCCGCAUAAGGAUGAGAACGUUAUGGAACUACUCCAAAAAACUGAGGUGUCAUGUGUCCAGGAUGAAAAUAAAUCUGUUUUAAAUAAAAGUCAGGAGACAUCUCAGCAGUUUGAGCAGAAAAUUGCCAUAGAGAAUGUAUGGAAACCAUCAGACAUAUUCAGUACUCUGGGGGAAAGAGAACGUGAUAGAAAUUUGUUGGAAGCAAAAAAAGCCCAGUGGAGGAAAGAGCUUGAUGAACAGGUUGCUUUAAAGAAGAAAGAAAAAGAAACUCCAGAAAAAUGGAAUAAUACUUGGGAAAAAUCUGAAAGUGAUAAAUUAGUAUGGGAAAAAGUAAGAAUUCUUGACCAGUCAAAGACUUCUGCUAGCGUUUCCAGAAUUCUGUCCCAGUCUCCCAGUCAGGUAACAGUGGUCCAGGCUGAUGGUCACUCAUCAUCUAGAGCUAGUCAGAUUUUAGAGGAAGCAUUACUGCCAGAGCACCCUUUCAGUAGUGUGAAACAGGAACAGCAGAGCAAAUGGAUUGAAGAGUUGAACAAACAAAUACAAGAUGAUGGGCAAAGAAAAACAGAAGAAAAAAAUGUAUCUUUAAAGGAUGAAGAACAUGACAGAUGGGCAAUGCAUUUUAAUUCUCAGUCUCAGUUGUCCUCUCGGUCAACAUACAAACAACCAGAGUACUUCUGUAUCUCUCCGGACCCUCAGGAGCUGGCUGACAUCAGCAGUGUUCAUACACCUACAACUGGAAGCCAGAUUGAACCGUUAGAAGAGGAGUGUAUAACAAAACCUUUUAGAGAUGCGGCAAUCCCAAGCAGUCAAAAAACAAACUUUCUCCGUUCUAUGACUGCUCUCUUGGACCCAGCUCAGAUUGAAGAAAGAGACAGGCGGCGACAAAAACAGUUAGAACAUCAGAAAGCCAUCACUGCUCAGGUAGAAGAAAAGCGUAGGAAGAAGCAGUUGCAAGAAGAGCAAAGAAAGAAGGAAGAACAAGAAGAGGAGCUUCGCUUAGCACGGGAACGAGAAGAGAUGCAGAAACAGUAUGAAGAAGACAUACUUAAGCAAAAACAAAAGGAAGAAAUAAUAACUCUCAAGACAAAUGAACUCUUCCAGACAAUGCAGAGAGCACAGGAGCUGGCACAGAGAUUAAAACAAGAACAGAGAAUCCGAGAAUUGGCUCAAAAGGGACAUGACACUUCUAGAUUGAUUAAAAAUCUUGGCGUUCAAGUGGAAUUUAAUGAAUCUACUAACACCAUUUCAAAUUCAAGACAUGGCUUGGAUGAAGUCAGUGGUAAAAUGAACCCCUGUAUCAGUUCUACGAACUCUCCUAAGAAGGAUACUGGUGUGCAAACAGCUCUUUUUUCAGAUGACUUAAAUAUUGCAAUAUUCACCAGUGCAGAAUCACACUGUGGAUCAGUAAUAGAAAGGGAAAUUAUACAUUGCUCAUCUCCUGAGAUUCCUGCAGAAUUUAAUGAACAGUUUAACACUCAGAAAAACAAACAAGAACUAAGAAGUCAGAAUAAAGGGGCCAACUUAGAAAAAGAAAACAGUUGGUGUAAUGACCAGUGUAAUCAGUUCACAAGAACAGAGAAACAAACAAAACAUAUGAAGAAAUGUUCUAAAAGCCCUGAAUGGAAUAUAAAUAAGCCACUCAAAGCGUAUAUUCCAGCAUCAGAAAAGUACCCUAAACAGCUUCAAAAGCAAAGAGAAGAAAAAAAAGUAAGAAGGCAAAUGGAACUGCUACAUUUAGUAGAAAGAAAUAAUCCUGGAAACCUCUCUCAAAACAGAGGCAAUUCACCAGUUCUUCGUUCAUCUCAUCAAGAAACGGAGCCAAAGUUCAGGUCGCAUUUAGUCAAAAAGGAAGAAGAACCCCUGAAAAUUAGUUAUUUCAGCAAAGAAAGGUCUCAAUCACCACAGGUUCCUGUGAUGAAAAACAGAACUCAGCAGACACUGAAAAAGAGUAAUUAUGAAAGAGAGAAUCUGAUCUCAGGAGGCAAUCAAACAGAGUUAUCACCUAGGAUUUCUGAACCAUCUCAUUUUAUUCCCUAUGUUCGAACCAAUGAGAUCUAUUACCUUGAUCCAGAUGCACCGUUGUCUAGGCCUCUAACCCAGGAUCCUCAGUACCAAAAUCCACAUAAUUGUGAUCAAGAACGACAGCUAUUUGACUCUGACAGGGACCCACUUCUUAAUCCUAAUUUGGUGAAAAACCGGGAUAGACAGCAAGCAAUCCUAAAGGGACUAUCACAACUGAGACAGGGCCUUCUCCAGAAGCAAAGGGAGUUGGAAACUAAUCUCAUGCCUUUAGCUGCCAAUCAAGAAGAUAAUUUUAGUUCUUCAUUUUCAAUAUAGAAAAUCAAAUCCUUCACAUUUGUCUUCUAAAUUAUAAAAUGUGCUCAUUGCUUAACUGUAUUUUUUUUCAAAUAGCCUAGAUUUAUUUUUAAACGCUUAUUUAAAACUUGUAUAUUCUGUAAUAAAAUGCUAUAUAUGUAUAUAUAAUAAUUUUUAAACAAUAAAAGUUUUCUGCUCUGUUACAAUCUGGGUAUUAGGACUUACCUUAAUACAGUCUGGAGUCUGCUAAUAGACAAUGUUCGUCCACACUUUUUAAAUACCUAUGUAUUUUGUUCUAUAAAAGAUUUAUAAGUCUUCUUUUGAAGUGCCAAAGGAA